GCCGCGGCUCCGUGACCCAGGCCCACGUCCCCCCUGCGCCCCGGCUUCUCUUAGCCCCACCGCGCCCCGCGCCCCUGGCGUCCCCGUCCCGCCCCCCGGGCCCGCUGCACUGUGGGUAGGCGGCGGUGGCUGCGGCGGCGGCGACGCUGAGGGCCCGCGGCCGAGGGAGGCGGUGCGCGGAACGGAACAUGGCUGAGAAGCAGAAGCACGAUGGGAGGGUGAAGAUCGGACAUUACGUGCUGGGGGACACACUGGGCGUCGGCACCUUCGGCAAAGUGAAGAUUGGAGAACACCAGUUGACAGGCCAUAAAGUGGCAGUUAAGAUCUUAAAUAGACAGAAGAUUCGCAGUUUAGAUGUUGUUGGAAAAAUAAAACGAGAAAUUCAAAAUCUUAAACUCUUUCGUCAUCCUCAUAUUAUCAAACUAUAUCAGGUGAUCAGCACCCCAACAGACUUUUUUAUGGUGAUGGAAUAUGUGUCUGGAGGUGAAUUAUUCGACUACAUCUGUAAACAUGGGCGGGUUGAAGAGGUGGAAGCCCGGCGGCUCUUUCAGCAGAUCCUGUCUGCUGUGGAUUACUGUCACAGGCAUAUGGUUGUCCAUCGGGAUCUGAAACCAGAAAAUGUGCUUCUGGAUGCUCAGAUGAAUGCUAAGAUUGCUGACUUUGGAUUAUCUAAUAUGAUGUCAGAUGGUGAGUUUCUGCGAACCAGCUGUGGAUCGCCAAAUUAUGCAGCACCUGAAGUCAUCUCAGGAAGGCUGUAUGCGGGUCCUGAGGUUGAUAUCUGGAGCUGUGGCGUUAUCCUGUAUGCCCUUCUCUGUGGCACCCUCCCCUUCGACGAUGAGCACGUGCCUACACUCUUUAAGAAGAUCCGAGGGGGUGUGUUUUAUAUCCCGGAAUAUCUCAACCGCUCUGUUGCCACUCUGCUGAUGCACAUGCUACAGGUGGACCCCUUGAAGCGAGCAACUAUCAAGGACAUCCGAGAACAUGAAUGGUUUAAACAGGAUUUGCCCAGUUAUCUAUUUCCUGAAGACCCCUCCUAUGAUGCUAACGUCAUUGAUGAUGAGGCUGUGAAAGAAGUAUGUGAAAAAUUUGAGUGUACAGAAUCAGAAGUAAUGAACAGUUUAUAUAGUGGUGACCCUCAAGACCAGCUUGCGGUGGCUUAUCAUCUUAUCAUUGACAAUCGGAGAAUAAUGAACCAAGCCAGUGAGUUCUACCUCGCCUCUAGUCCUCCAACUGGUUCUUUUAUGGAUGACAGUGCCAUGCAUAUUCCCCCAGGCCUGAAACCACAUCCUGAGAGGAUGCCACCUCUUAUCGCAGACAGCCCCAAAGCACGGUGUCCUUUGGAUGCACUGAACACAACUAAGCCCAAAUCCUUAGCUGUGAAAAAAGCCAAGUGGCAUCUUGGAAUCCGAAGCCAGAGCAAACCAUAUGAUAUUAUGGCUGAAGUGUACCGAGCUAUGAAGCAGCUGGAUUUUGAAUGGAAGGUAGUGAAUGCCUACCAUCUUCGAGUAAGAAGAAAAAACCCAGUGACUGGCACUUAUGUGAAAAUGAGCUUGCAGCUUUACCUGGUUGACAAUCGGAGCUAUCUUUUAGACUUUAAAAGCAUUGAUGAUGAGGUGGUAGAGCAGAGGUCUGGUUCCUCAACACCUCAGCGGUCCUGUUCUGCUGCUGGCCUGCACAGACCACGGUCAAGCUUUGAUUCCACCACAGCUGAGAACCACUCCCUCUCGGGUUCCCUCUCUGGCUCUUUGACUGGAAGCACUUUGUCUUCAGCUUCCCCCCGCCUGGGCAGUCACACCAUGGAUUUUUUUGAAAUGUGUGCCAGUCUGAUAACUACUUUAGCUCGCUGAUAAUCUCCCACUGGGUUCUGUCUUUCUGUUACUGCACUGUGAAAAUCACAUAUACUCUUUAAAUUAGUAUCUCACUUCUGGGUAUUACAUACUCUGCAAUAUGAAUUGAUGUGAAUAUCCCCAGGUGACAUGCCGUGUAUUGAAAUGACCAGAAACACAGAAAUCUGGCACUUUGUUUACUUUUAGAACUCUAUUAUUCUACUGUGCCUAUGAUAAAUUUGAAUAUAGGUAGUACCUUUAAUGGAUGAGUGCUGAGGAUGUUUGCUAAUUCAUACUUGUGAGUUCACUACACAUGAUGAGCACACUUCACUGGUGAACCAGCUAAUUUAGGAGUGAUGGUACCUUCUUCCCUCAUGUGUAGUGCACAAAAAUCCAGUUUGCUUUCUAAAUUUCAAAAGGUGUUAGACUAUCUAGGCACCUAGUUUUCUUGCACAAGAAGAUUAAGAAAUAGAAUGUGCUGAUUGAAUAUUUAAAUAUAGAAAUCUGAAAAUCCUGUCCCCCUAAAUAUUAGAAACCAAAUUCUUUUAAAUGGUUUCUGAAAAUACUGCCUAGUAUUAGCCAGAAAGACUGUGUUUCUGUGAACAGGUGCCCAGUAUCUAGACUUCUCAACAUUUGUACAAGGCCCUAGUUAAAUCCCACCACCACCAUGCAAGACAAAACCGUGCAAAAAUAGUACACAGUUAAAUGAAACAAGGCAAAAUACCAACAACCCCUUAAAGGAAAUUCUAUUCUGAUCUUCUGUUUUGUGUUUAUGGGCCUGGGGUAGGGCUCACAUGGGGUGGGAGGGCCAGGAGGUUAUGACCUUCUGACGUCUUCACUAAUUCACCUGAGCUUUAAGUUGUUAUUGAUGCCACCUCCUUCCUCAGUAACCAUUGUCUUUGUUCAUUGGUUUUCAGUCUUUUGUUCCCUUUCUUUAGUCUUUAGUUCAAAACCCUGUUUUGUCCUUAGGACCUUAGUGUACUUCCAAAGCGUAUCUGCUGUGACCUUCACUGUUGAACCUGAUUGGACAGGGAAGCCUUAAAUAUUUAAAGUAUUUUCUCCUGGAAUAAGUAUAUGUGUUGUUUACAUAUAUACAUGUAUGUAUUGACACAUCAGUGCUUUUAAUCAAAAAGAACCAAACUUUUUUGUGCAAGUUUUUUUAAUUUAAGAUAAAAACUAUAAAGCAGGAUAAAGUUAAUUGAUUAUAUUUUGUUUUAGUAAAAGUAUUUUUAAAUUAUGUAUAAUUUAAUAAUAUAUUUAUUCAUUUAUUGUAUUUAUGUUGUGAUUAACAAAUCAUUGACCUGAUUUAUCCUAGGAACUAUUAAGCUCUUGAAAAUGAAAGAAGCAUUGCCUUGACAGGUUUCUCUUUACCAAAAAUGGUAUAUUUUCUGUCUACCAAGAAGAGCAGUGAGACUAUGAGACUAAGUUUCUCAUGUGUUCAUGGAAGACAGGUUCAUCUGACUUUAAAUAGCUUUGAAAUCAUGAGUUUGCAUCAUAUCACAUCAGAUAAUUUUGUAGUUCUUUUAGAAAAUGAUGGUCAAUACUUAUCACUCCAGUUUUCAGUAUCAAAAUCUAAAGGACCCUUUCUCCGAUUUGAGAAAGAGGGUGGGUGUACAAUUAAGGUAACUUGUGUUUUUAAUCUUUGAAAGAUUGCCAUCUUGUGGCAAUAGAUGGUAAUUUUAGUAGUUAUUUUAAUAGCAAUAUUUAGUCCUGUUUUGUCUAAUGUGUUUUAUGGAUGUGGCAUAAUUUUGACUUCUCCAAAUGUAUGCAUACCCCUUUGUGUGUGUGUGUGUGUGUGUGUAUGGGAGGGAAAUACCUGCUCAUAAUAUUUUCUAAUUAUGAAUGGGAGGCUUUGAAAUAAGGAAAUUAUUGGAUUCCUUACCUCUAAUUAAAAUAUCCUCAACAGUUUUGAAGGCAGGAAGGUUGCCAGAAUGCUCUCUUAGUCUAGUGAAUUUGGUGCUAGCAGCUCGCUCAUAGCAAAACUACUUUGUUUGAAUAAUUAUGAUGCUAGUGGAGAACUAAAAAUUAUUUACUAUUAUCUUAUUUGUUCCAGUGUUUAUUAAUACCCAGAUUGACAGUUGCUUAUUGAAUUUCAGGAGAACUGAAGGUCAUUUUAUUUCUUUUCUUUUAACAUUUCAAAACAAUUAUUUUAUGAAUCUAGGUGAUAGGAUAAAUUGGUUUGCAGAGAGAAUUUGGUGACUCAUCUAGCAAAAAAGAAGCUAGAACUUUAUCGUAGCAUAGGUUUUUUUUGUUUGUUUGUUUUGUUUUGAGGCUGAGUUUCUCUGUGUAAUAGUCCUAGCUGUGUCCUGGAACUAGCUCUUGUAGACCAGGCUGGCUUCGAAUUCACAGAGAUAUGCCUGCCUCUGCCUCCAGAGUGCUGGUAUUAAAGGUGUGCACCACCACCACCCGGCUCAUAGCACAGUUCUUUUUCUUUGCUCUUGGGAACAGAGAAGGAAAGACUGCUUUGCAAAUUUAAAGUUCCCACACUUUAGUCAACACUGGACAUGGCAAGUACUGAGUUAACAUCAGGCUAACCUAGGGAUAAUUACUGUUAGGUUAUAGGUGUGGGCCUUAUUUAUGUCCUGGAAAUGGACUCCAUCUUGUUCUAAAAUAGUAUUUCCUAAAACAAAGAAAUAUCAUGGACUCAUUUUGGAAAACAUUGUGUUCUGUGCUGCAUCUUACAGAAGCAGCACUAAAAUCCUUGAUGAGUUCGUUCAGAAAAAGCAGGCCACAUAAUUGUGUGUGGCCCUACUUUGCCCGAACUAGUUUACUGUUUUAAAAUAUCAGCUGAGGAUGAUGCUUACCACUAAUCCCACUGGGGAGCAUGAGGCAGGAAGAUACUUUGAGGCCAAACUAGACUAGAUAGAUAUCAAGACCCUGCUUCACAAUGUAAACAAUAAAGAAGCCUGAACAUCCCAUAAGGAAGUAGGGAAAACAGCUGUCCCCGAGUGCCACACCAGGCAUGAUCGUGACACUUCAGACAGCACUCUUUCCCUUUCGCUUGCUGUGGACAGCCUGAUUCAGGUAGAGCCACACCCUUUACCAUGCAGGCAUGCUUAUCCAGAGCCCGCAGCUUGUGUCACGGCUUGGGUUUCUUAAUCAGACUGAUGUUUUAAGGUAGAACUUCUGUUCUUUUCUUCACUCAGUGGAUGACUGGAAAGUCUUAGACAAGGUUACUUAUGAAAAACCAGAAGAAUAAGAGACCGGUAACUUGCUGGUAUGGCUCCAUGGAGAGCCAGUUUGAAUUAAUUCUUCGAUGGCCACUGAACAUUUUCUAAGUACUUUGAUUUGGGAAACCAAAAUAGAAGCUGUCUCAAAUUAAGUCUACAGGGAGAGAGAAAAGCAUACCAUUCACAAAUUAGAGUUUUGUUUGGAUGAAGAAACCAUUUUAGAGCCCCUUGCAACCUCUGGUCAUGUGCAGAGAGAAGCCAGGGGCCCAAGCUAAGUGGAAAUAUAUGUCCUCAUGUGCCAGGGAAGUGGCUUAUUUAGCACAGUGCAGUCUCUCUGUCAUGCAAGUAAGUCUUCAAAGAUACUUAUAUAGUUCUGGGUGUCCUUUUUUCUUAGCUAGUUUGUACUCAGGGAAUACAAAUUUAAUACUUGAGAUAAAAGGAAAUAUAAUUGGAAAAUAAUCAUAAACAACCAAAUCAGAUUUUUAUACUGCUUUAUCUGUAGUAUCUACUAAGAUGUAAGCAUGCUCAGUUAAUGUGGGCCCCGCAUUGAUUUAUAAAAUUUAAUAUCCUGAAACAUACCUACCACAGACCCUGUGGCUCUGUCUGCUCACUGGUUAGUAAGUUAAACUAGUGUUAAGUCUCCUAUCUAAAUGUGGAAUCUGUUUGUAGCCCUGUGUGAUUUGUGUUGGGUUUAAAGAGCUGAAACUCUUCAGUCUGGCAUAUCUCUACCUGUUACUUUUCCUUCAGUUAGCCUGGUCUACAGAGCUAGUUCCAGGACAGGCUCCAAAGCCACAGAGAAA